AGCAGUCACAUCUCUUUAGCUGCUUCCAACUGAAGUUUUUCUCCAUGAACUGUAAAAACCCAACGGAAAUGACAAGUGUGAGAGAAGCGCUAGCAGAGAGUAUUACUGCGGUAUCCAAGGAUGAAAAAGAUGAUUCUCUGCCUGAGAUUUGUCAGAUGGUUAUGGAUCAAAUAGCUGAUCUCUGUAAAAAGAGGAUCCGGUUCCUUCGAUGGACGGACUUCAUGAAGCGGAUUUCAGACGCUAUACGUAGGCCGCUAUGCACAGUCACAUUACUGACUGCUGUGGAGUAUCUGCACAACUUAUCUGAGUUACUCUAUCUGCCAUGUGGUUCUUUAUCAGACAGUAGACCUGCCGUCCAUACUGAGCCCACCAUCAGCACGUACACCUGCCCUAACACAUCCUCUGGCCCCUGCUCUUGUGGAGCUCAAACACCAUCAGGGCUGGUUGUUCUGGACAUGAACUGGCUUCUGCAGGAAAUCUUUGGCAGAUUUGGCAACUUUUGUUUAAGCCCAGCAUCAGGGAGGAACAAGGAACGCUGGAGCUUUUUGGAGAUGCAGUCUGCUCUGGAGCUAACUGAAGAAGAAGGUGACACAGAAGAUGUUCUAGACAUGCUGGGUCAGCUGGAGCUGUUAUAUUGUACUAAGGAUGGGGAAUACUUAGUGCCUGCCUGGCUUAGAAGCGGGGGGCCUGCAGACCAAAAAGUGGGGGAGAAAGCUAGGGGGGUGGCAUAUCACUGGCAGGAAGCUAGUAGAGGGAUCUUCAGUCAUUCCUUUGUGGGUAGGCUCCAGAUCCGCCUGCUGCACAUAUUUAAACCAGAAAGGUGUAGCCUUUGGAGGGAGGUAGUGUGGUGUGUGUCAAGGGCAGUGCUUAGAGCGGAGACGUCAGCAGACAAGCGUUCCCUCUAUCUGAUUGGGGGAUGGAGUGAGCAGAGUGCGGAGCGAGAUUGCUACCAGCUCCUAGACAGGGUGGGGAAGGAGGUGGAAAAGCUGCUCUCAGAGAGUCAGGAGAAGGGAUGGGAGAAGCUACAUCUUAGCCCCAGAGAGCUUUUCAACUGGAAUGCAGUAACUGUCAUUGGUAAGACUGAAGAACUAAGUGGGUUUAGCUGGGAACAGAUUCUCAAGGCUGAGAGGGAAACUACAAAACUCUGCGGGAGGAACGGAGAAGACGAGCCGUGGGAGGUGCUGUUUCCCCAGCAUGACACAAGGAUGCUACAAAGUCUAAGAUAUGACUGUAGCACUCGCUGGCUUCAGGAGGACACUCUAGAACAAAUCUGUGCAUCAUUAGACAUUCAGCACCCCACUUGCCAAGACUGGCAGAAGCUGGCAGAGAAGCUGGGAGGUGACAACACCUGGUACACAUUGGAGCAGGUGAAGGAGAAUGCCAAGCUGAAGGGUCUGUCCCCCACCUGCCUAGUGAUACAGCGGCACCCUGUGUGUGUGAAACAACUUCUGAGGACCUUACAUGAAAUGGGCAGAGAAGAUUGUACCUCAAUGAUAGAGAACAUGAUUGGAAACCUAUGUGAUACAUGUGAGUGACCUGUGGGAGUCAUAUAACUGACACACUGGAGCCUAUCUAUCAAGCUCCGAAUGGAGCUUGAUGCUCCAUGUUUCUGGCGACCCUGCAAGCUCGCCAAAAACAGCAGUUAUGAAGCAGCGGUCACAAAGACCGCUGCUCCAUAACCUGUCCGCCUCCUCUGAGCAGGCGGACAGACAUCGCCGAAAUUCAACCCGAUCGAGUACAAUCGGGUUGAUUGACACCCCCCCCCCCCCUGCUGGCGGCCGAUUGGCCGCGAGUCUGCAGGUGGCGGCGUUGCACCAGCCGCUCUUGUGAGCGGCUGUUGCAAUGCUGAAUACGGAGAGCGUAUUGCUCUCCGUAUUCAGCGAGGUCUGGGGGACCUGAUCCGCACUGGCGGAUGAGGUCCGCCAGACUUUCAUAAAUAUAGGCCUAUGUGAGGGCAGCUUUAGUGGUGCCACAACCUAUAUUUGUAUUAGUUUACUGAAAUGUAUGUAUUGGGUACUUGUAAAGCGCUGCUAAUCACCCGUAAGGGUCUCAAGGCGCUGCUCAUUUUAUCAAAGGAUGAAAGGCUGAGUGGACCUUGCUGGGGAUGGAACCUGCAACCCUCGGGUUGCUACAGAGCUCAGCCACAGUACUUUAGCAUGCUGAUCUGUCCAGCCUAAAUGUGAUUUUUUUUAUAGCAAUAAAUCUUAUUUUACAAUAUUA